CAUGGCCUCCUGCAUGAAAAUGUUCAACGCUGCGAGACAGCUGCACAGAAAUUCGGCCUGUGUUGUAAAAACUAACUGGACCGGGGCGUACCGGCGGUCCAACCUGACCGACACAUCAGCUCUCAGUCGCCUCCAGCCCCCACGGCUCUACACCAGCACCGGGACCUCACAUAAAACAUGCAGCAACCGCUUCUCUUACAUUCAAGUCAGCGCAACAGUGACAACUGGCUGCAGAAUGACCGCCAGAUCACAUCGGUGGAUGCGGGUGGGGGCCGUUCUCCGCGGCCAAACCGGUCUCCUCACACCGACCUCUCGACCAUGUAUGAUUGUGGACAGGAUGUUCGGGAACCGUGCGAGCGGCACAGGCUUCUCCGGGGAGGACGGCGGGGAAGGUACUGGCUCUGGGGGAGAAGAGUCUGGAGGGGAUGGGGGAGAGUCUUACAAUGGACCGCAGAUGACGGCUCUCACCCCCAUGAUGGUCCCGGAGGUGUUUCCCAAUGUGCCGCUGAUCGCUGUAAGCAGGAACCCAGUGUUCCCCCGCUUCAUCAAAAUCAUAGAGGUAAAGAACAAGUCAUUGAUGGAGCUGUUGCGGAGGAAGGUUCGUCUGGCUCAGCCGUAUGCUGGAGUCUUCUUGAAGAGAGAUGAUAAUAAUGAAUCAGAUGUGGUGGAGUCGCUAGAUGCCAUCUACUCAACAGGGACCUUCGUUCAGAUUCAUGAGAUGCAGGACCUGGGAGACAAGCUGAGGAUGAUCGUCAUGGGACACCGCAGGAUCCGGAUCACAAGACAGCUGGAGGUGGAGCUUGAGGAGGCAACAACGUCCCCUGUGGGGUCAGAGUCUGAGGCAGAGUCCCAACCCAAACCUCCACCGAGACGUAAAGCCAAACGCAGCCGCAAGGACCAACCAGGUUCUCUGACAGAGCAGCUGGAGGAUACGAUUUCAGAAGCAGACCUGACUCCAGAGCUUCAGCCUCUGCCCUGCUCCAACAUUUUGAUGGUGGAAGUGGACAACAUUCAACAUGAACAGUUCACUGUCACUGAGGAGGUCAAGGCAUUGACAGCAGAGAUAGUGAAGACCAUCAGGGACAUCAUCGCACUCAACCCCCUUUACAGAGAGUCGGUCCUCCAGAUGAUGCAGGCUGGUCAGAGAGUGGUUGAUAAUCCCAUCUACCUCAGCGACAUGGGAGCAGCUCUCACAGGAGCAGAGUCACAUGAACUACAGGACGUCCUGGAGGAGAUCAAUAUCCCAAAGCGUCUCUACAAGGCUCUUUCUCUGCUGAAGAAGGAGUAUGAGCUGAGUAAACUGCAGCAGCGGCUGGGCCGAGAGGUGGAAGAGAAGAUCAAACAGACUCACAGGAAGUACCUGCUGCAGGAGCAGCUGAAGAUCAUCAAGAAGGAGCUGGGUCUGGAAAAAGAGGACAAAGAAGCUAUUGAGGAGAAGUUUAGAGAGAGACUGAAAGAGAGGACUGUCCCUCAGCACAUAAUGGAUGUCAUCAAUGAAGAACUGAACAAAUUGGGACUGCUGGACAACCACUCCUCAGAGUUCAAUGUGACCCGGAACUACCUGGACUGGCUGACCAGCAUGCCCUGGGGUACAAACAGUGAAGAGAACUUAUCACUGGAUAGAGCCAAAGAGGUUCUGGAAGAAGACCAUUAUGGAAUGGAUGAUGUUAAGAAACGCAUAUUGGAAUUCAUAGCAGUGAGCCACCUGCGGGGCUCCACCCAAGGGAAGAUCCUGUGUUUCUACGGUCCUCCUGGUGUAGGAAAGACCUCCAUUGCCCGCUCCAUAGCUAGAGCCCUCAACAGACAGUACUUCAGGUUCAGCGUGGGAGGCAUGACUGAUGUGGCUGAGAUUAAGGGACACAGGAGGACAUAUGUUGGAGCGAUGCCUGGGAAGAUUAUUCAAUGCCUGAAGAAAACCAAGACAGAGAACCCUCUGGUGCUAAUAGACGAGGUGGAUAAAAUUGGACGUGGUUACCAGGGUGAUCCAUCCUCUGCAUUGCUGGAACUCUUGGAUCCUGAACAGAAUGCCAACUUCCUCGACCACUACCUUGAUGUUGCUGUAGAUCUCUCAAAGGUUUUGUUUAUCUGCACGGCCAAUGUGAUUGACACCAUCCCAGAGCCUCUCAGAGACAGGAUGGAGAUGAUCAAUGUGUCUGGAUAUGUGGCCCAGGAGAAACUGGCUAUUGCUGAGCGUUACCUGGUCCCUCAGCUCCGCUCUCUGUGUGGUCUGACUGAGGAGAAGGCUUCAAUCUCAUCUGAUGCUCUCAGUCUGCUCAUCAGGCAGUACUGCAGGGAAUCUGGAGUCAGGAACCUGCAAAAACAAGUUGAAAAGCGUCGAGGACCCCUUUUGGAUUCAGCCACAGCUCCGAGCGUCCCACUUACACAUACAAGAACUCCUGAGUCUGCACGGCCCUUCUUUGCUGUACGCGGACAAGCCCGCCGUCCCUGCAGAUGCGGAGGAAAUGAGAGGCUGCAGAGGUGGACGAAAGAAGCAGAGGACUUCUGUUCCCUCUGUCAUCAUGUGAAACAUCCGCUCUAUCUCUAACAAGGCGGAGGAGGAACGAACUAUCUACCGAGGGAGUUUUUGCACGUGAUUGUGUUUUUUGCGUGUACUUUCCUCAUGUGUGUGAGCGGCUCCACAGCACUGUCAGGCAGAUCCAGACGCGCCACCCCUGAGCCCUGCUGCUGAUCAGUGGGGACUUCAAUCACGCUUCUCUCUCCGCCUCUCUCCCAACAUUCACACAGUAUGUCAAGUGUCAUACGAGGGAUAAUACGACACUGGACCUGCUGUAUGUGAAUGUGAAGGACGCUGAUCACGACCUUGUUCAUCUGCUCCCCAAAUACACACCCAGGGUGCGAAAGGAACCUGCACAGAAGAGGACUGUGAAAGUGUGGACUGAGGAGGCUAAUGAGAGACUGAGGGACUGUUUCCAGGCCACAGACUGGAGCAUGCUCUGGACAUUGGACCAGGUGAGGAGAGAGCUGAGGCGACUAAAGCAGAGGAUAUCUGCAGGACCAGACGGCAUCAGCCCCAGGCUGCUGAGGACCUGUGCGGACCAGCUCUGUGAGGUCCUCUGCCACUUCUUCAACCUGAGCCUCAGCCUGGAGAAGGUCCCUGUCCUGUGAAAAACCUCCUGUGUGGUCCUGGUUCCUAAGAUAACUCACGCCAAGGAAGUGGCCCACUACAGACCUGUCGCCCUGACCUCCCACCUCAUGAAGAACAUGGAGAGGCUCCUCCCCAGCCACCUCCGCUAUGUGGUGAGUUCCACCCUGGACCUGCUGCAGUUUGCCUACAGGCCCAACAUCAGGGUAGAAGAUGUCACCUACCUGCUGCAAUGGGCGCUCACCCACCUGGAGAUCGCCAGCUGCCAUGUGAGGGUUAUGUUCUUCUCCAGCGCUUUCAACACCAUCAGACCGGCACUGCCGAGGGGGAAGCUGGAGGACGCGGGAAUGGAUAGACAUCUGGCUGCCUGGACAAUCGACUGCCUCACUUACCGUCCACAGUACGUGCAAAUAUACAGCUGUGAGUCAGAGGUGGUAGUCUGCAGCAUGGGAGCACUCAAGGGCACCGUCCUCUCACCUUUCCUCUACACCAUCUAUACCUCGGACUUCACCUACAACACGGACAGCUGUCAUCUUCAGAAGUUCUCUGAUGACUCCGCCAUCGCGGGCUGUGUGUCAGAGGGGAACGAGCUGGAGUACCGGUCAGUCAUUAUGGACAUUGUGGACUGGCGUGAGCGCAACCACCUGUGCUUGAACACCAGUAAGAAAAAGGAGAUGGUUGUUGGCUUCAGAAGGAGGACACUACCACACUCACCAGUGAACAUCCAGGGGGAGAACAUAGAGACAGUGGACAGAUUCAAGUACCUGGGUGUUCACCUU